CGACCCUCCUCUUCUACUUGCGCCAGCCUCUAGCUCAGGCAUGUCUUCAGUAAUCGUCUACCAAACGCCUGUUCAAUAUACCGUCCCGGCCUACUGUAGUCCUAUCGACACUGUCUUUGACAUUGCCGGCAGGUUUCCCGACGCCGUCUUCCUUGUUCCGCAAAGGGUAUACAAGCCCAGCACCCAGAGCAACCGUCGUCGCUCCGUCGAUGAACUGGAACCGGAGCCGCCUAUCAUGUUUUUGACCCAGCACCCUGACGGAUGUGGCAUCAACUGCAGGGAUGCCAUGAACUCUCGAUUCUCCCGCCUGCAUGGCCGCGACUAUUCCAUGUUCCAGAAUCGCGGACCCUCGGUCUCAAUCCGAAUCAACUGGCCGGGCUAUACUCCCUGGAGCCGUCUAAUCCCAACCCGAGACUUCCGUAGCCCACCACAGCCAAUCACUCGUGCUAAGCUGGCGAAGAACCUAGCCAAGACCGUGCAACGGUUCCUUGAUGAGAAGAAAGACAAGACCAUGGAGGCCGAGGCUAACGCUAAAUACAGCGUCGCCAACGUCACCAUCGACCAGAUUGAUAUCGUCGGUCUGCAACACGUCUCGAUGGGCAGCUGGCAGGCCCAUCUGCGCCUUCGUCCGCCUACGUAAGACAUGUUACAUCGCGGUUAUUCUCAGGCAACGAUCCUCCAUCGACCAGUGCCGUGGAGUCUUGUGUCAUCGGCCCUACUCUUCCGCAUCGCCCUUGAUGUCGACCACAAUUCAUCCAGGCUCCUGCAUCGUUUACACAUCCAUGCCAGUAUCGCAUUCCACACGACCCAUUCUCUUCCCAUUCACUGCGCAGCCAACUAAGGCACGCGUCCUAACCCGAGCAUGGACAACAAACAUCUCCGUCUCACCGUACGGAAGCCUAGCUUACGCUGCGCUCUGGACAUCUCAUACUGCUUGCCAUCUCCUCCCCCUCCCCCUCAGUUUCUGCUAUGACUGUUGUCCAACCGUUUCUGGACAACUCGGCAUGUAUAUGACCUUUUCCUCUUGGUUCUGUCUCGACGUGUACUCGCUUUCUCUUGCUGUGUCUAAGUAGGGCUCUCGACUUUUUCUGGCUGUAGCGGCCGUGCCUCUGCGAACUCGCAGCCCUGGCCUGUCUUCUCCGGCGCUCACGAUGAUUACCCCUCCCUUCCGUGACACUUUUCGCGUCUUAAAUCACUAUGGCUCUUCGCUUAUCUACAUAUAUGACAACAACGCACGCAGGCUUCCGUGGUGCACGAAUUUCAAACAACAACAUCGCUACCACCUCUCUAGGUGCUGGGCUAGUGCAAAACACAGCCACAAGACCAGAAGGUCGCCAAGAACGGAUGGGCUAGCUGCCUCGCGGCUCUGAUAGUCAUCUGAAUGGGGCGAACCCCGCCCCUGCGGGAGCUCAAACAUGGCUCCGCAAGCCCACCAUGCCUGCGAGCCGGAUUCGCCACCCUCACGCACGAGGCGGGGGCGGCGGCAUCUCAGGCCCCGACAGUCACGGACAGCGCUGCUCCUGGCACGUCUUUCACCAAAUCCGAUCUUGUUGCGGUUUCCCUGAGAUCAAGGGUCGUCAACAUGCUAGAGAAGUAAACCUAACGGCUUCAUUCUUCCAAAAAUGUCCAGCUUUGUCUAAUCUACGCUGACUUCUUUAUGCAGCACGGACUACUCGUGGUCACCGCACGCCAUCCGUGCGGCAGAGAUCACCAUCCGAUGUUAUAAGAUACCCAGCGAGCCUGGCCAAUAGCUUACUACCGUGUCUCUCGCUCCGGUUCCACCAUGAGCUCCUCCAAUACUUGCGCUCUCCCGAGAUGCUCUGCUAGUGUCUGGGUUGAUCGUAAUGGCGUACCGUCACAGUACUGCUCCCGUUCGCAUAUGAAGGCGGCAACACAACAGCCUGUGCAGUCCUCGCAGUCUCAGCUUUGCAAGAACUGCGGGACUAGGCCCGUCUAUGUGGAGAAUAGUAGAGUCCACGACUUCUGCGGUCGCACUUGCGCCAAGGCGUAUCUUCAAGGCGGGAAUAAUGGUCGUAAUCAGAAUGGAGUCGACAUGUGUCUUUACUGCGAACAAAAACCCAAAGCCUGGGUAAACGGGAAGCUGAAAGACUUCUGCUCUAAGGAUUGCGUGGAUAAAGUCUCCGAUAUAGCGCCACUUCUUCUCGAAGUGCCAUCUUCGCACGAGCAGUUUCGAAGUGUCGUUGAUCAGUUCAACAUGCAGUGGAAGCACCCAAAUAAGAAGCGACCGGAGGUAGUCAAGAUGUACAAGGCAUUCCCUCUUGACAGUCACAUGAACAAAUUUAAAGCCUACAAAGCGGACGUGGGCAACUCAAGAAGACGCUGGCACGGAACGACUCGCUACUGUCGCAUCGGUGACGAUGCGCAGAAUCUCACCUUCUGCCGUAAUGCACAGUGUGCGAUGUGCAAUAUCCUACAGGGCUCAUUCGAUUUAUCAAAGGCGGCAAGAGGCGCAGGCAGCUACCAGCGGUUCGGUGUAGGAAUAUACGUUUCAGCUACCUCUUCGAAGUCGAACGACUACAUCAAGGAGCUGGGGGGUUCAAGCUACCGUGCGAUGAUUCUGAGCGAGGUGAUCAUGGGGAAGGCAAUCAAGCUCCCUCGUGAGGAUAGAACUCUCACCCAGCCGCCUCCUGGAUACAAUUCAGUUGUCGGCGAGCCCGGGGUGACUGUGAACCUGAACUACGAUGAAGGUGUUGUGUACAAGAACGACGCCAUUAAGCCUUCCCAUCUUCUCAUCCUCAAACCUUAGUCAUCGCCUCACACGGUCACUCACAGAUAUUAAUGUGGCUCGCAGGACCUCAUUACUACCCUCUUUCACGAUGUAUGUGCAGGCUGUCCGGGCGGAAUUCGUGCUAGGACCUAAAUCGCAACGUUUACUGGAAUAAGUGUCCGCUUCAAUAUAAGUGCCGCAAUCACUUCAUCUCGAGAAACAGCAUUGGCGGCAUUCAUCCCACUUCGAGCGUCAGGCUGGUCGUCUCAGGGAGGCAACGUUUGAACGACGGUGAAACAACCGAGUGAGCGUGCUGGUGAAAAUGAAUAGUCUUCUCAGCAGCUGUGCGUGAGGCAGUGUGUAUAGAGUUAGUAGCAGCUGCGACGUAAAUCAUUUCUUGGGAAUGUUAGC